AUGGGAUCAUCACCGAAGAUCAUCUUGAAGAGUUCUGAUGGCGAGACCUUUAAAAUCGAAAAGGCGGUGGCAAUGCAAUCCCAGACGAUCAAGCAUUUGAUCGACGAGGAGUGUGCCAACGACACUGGAAUCCCUUUAACGAAUGUAACUGGCAAGAUCUUGGCUAUGGUUAUUGAGUAUUGCAAGAAACAUGUUGAUGCUGCAAGUUCUGAUGAGCUUGAGAAGUGGGACGCUGAAUUUGUCAAGGUUGAUCAAAAUACUCUCUUCAAUCUCAUCAUGGCUGCCAACUAUUUAAACAUCAAGAGCCUAUUGGAUCUUACCUGCAUGACUACAAUGGACAACAUCAAGGACAAGACACCAGAGGAGAUUCGCAAGAUUUUCAACAUUAAGAAUGAUUACACCCCAGAGGAAGAGGAGGAAGUUCGUCGCGAAAAUAGUUGGGCUUUUGAAUGA